UACCUUGACAGUACGGUUCAAUCGAGGAGCGCAGCAAGAAACCGACAGACGCUCAGCAGCUACCUGUCACUAUAAGAUGGGACAGACAAACACGCGUAUCUCCUUUAUUAUGUAGUUUCUGUUUUUGUGUCAUUUCCCUAAGCUGGCCUCAAUUCUUUUUUUUUUUUUUUUACAUCUUGUUUUCCUUUCACAACUACAUUCUAGGAUGGACAACCUGCAAUUUCUAGGGAAGGAUAAAACUGGAGAGCCUUUAUGCAUCGCAAGGCAUAGAGCUUCGUUGUAGAUUUCAGUGUAGAACAAGAAAAAAUCAUGGAGUAAUUAGUGCACCGGCACUGUGCGUGUGGACUGUAUGAUGAAGUACGGACCGGUGGUUCUAACUGCUGGGCUCACUGGUUUGCUCAGUUUUGGUCUCCUCGCUGUGGCAAUUGGGACUGAUUACUGGUACAUAAUUGAUGUGAAUAAACCCAACUGCACAGGUCCAGAUGACUUGAGUUCACACUCUGGACUAUGGACAAUUAAUGAAGGAGCAAACAGGAGUUCAGUGAUCCCCUCUUUCACAGCAAAUAUGUCCAGCCUGUCAGAGGCUGAGAGGCAUCUUCUUGGCUUGCAUAAAGUGGUGGUGAUCUUGUUGCCUCUGAGCCUGGUCCUGCUGGUGCUAGGCUGGAUCUUUGGACUUGUCAGUUCACUGGCCUGCAGUCCUAAGCUGCUGGCUGCAUCGGCAUGCUACUUCCUCUUCUGCAGUCUAUUCACCCUGUCUGGAGUCAGCAUCUACAUCAAAUACUCAAAUCAGGCCAUGGAGGAGUUCCAGCGAAUCGUGUCCCCGGAGAAUCUCGUCUAUGUGGAUGUGUCCUUUGGCUGGUCCUUAGCCACAGCCUGGCUCUCCUAUAGCUUGGAGGUAGCGACUGGCCUGCUACUCAUGCUGGCUGCCAGAAUCAUUCAAAUGAAGGGGCAUUAUGACUCUGGUGUAGCCAUCGCCAUGUUAUAAACUGACAUCUUCUGGUGCCCGAGUAAAACUGAAAGGUCACAUUUUGUUGUUUUUUGAAUGCAGUUGUUAUCAUUUAUUUAUUUAUGGUGCUGGGUCAAAACAGAUGAGAAGAGGUCAAGCUGAUCAAGAGUCAAAUAAACUGCAUGCUGGGUUUACAUAAGUACAACAACAGACACAGAGAAAGUAAAUAAAUUAUGCUGGUGAACAUUUUUUUUUUUUUUUUUUUAAUUUUCACUUCUGCCUGUCAGUCUCUCGCCAUCAUUUUCUGUCUAUUGUCCCGGUGGAAAAUAAUGCAACUGUAGCCUUACAAACAGAAAAAAAAUGUUGCUUGGGCUUGACUUGAUAGCCAAACCACAUGGGUGCAAAUUCCCUGAGAGUCGAGGCCCUAGUCUGUUUCCCAGACCUUGCUUCAUGUAUCCUCUACUCUCUUUUCCCACAUUUCCUGUGCAUCUUCACUCCCACUAUCACAUAAAGGCAUAAAAUGCUCUUACUCCCAGAGUAAUUACUGCUAGAUUAAAAGUAGCUGUUUAGACUUUGAAUGUAUCCCGUAUGUAAUAAUAUAAUAAUGUUUCAGCCUUGAUGCCAUCAUCCAGCAAAUAGACCAAUUUAAUUAUUGUACUGCAUAAACAAUUUUGGAACUUCUUUUUAUUUAUUUUUUUAAGAUUUAGCUCUGCAUUUGUGUGUGUGUGUGAGCAGUUGCUUGUGUUUCAUAGAGAACAGCUUCAUCUGUCUCUCUGCCUUGCAAGGUAAAUGUAGGCGAAACGAGCAGUUGGUGUAAGUUGUAUGGGUUUAUUUCCUUUUGGAUGCAUGUUCUAUUAGGAUUUUUUCGUUAAUAUGCUCUAAUAUCUCGUGUGCACGCAUUUGUUAUACUGUAUUCAAAUAUGGUUUGCAUCAGUGACAGAGUAUUUCAUUCAGGUGAAAAUAGUGCUGAUUUUGCAGGAGGCACCCACGAGGCAAUGAAGGAGACUAGACUAUAAAGCACACAGUAAGACGUGGUACAGUUUCUAAUAUAUCGUAAUAGAACAGCUGCUGCAUAUGCUGCUCUGUGUGCCAGGAAAUUUGCAUUUCACUGCUUUAGAAAAGCAUUUAGUCUGUGUCGAAGUUGAGACGUUGUUGGCUGCUGACUAUUUGAUUUCUAGAACAACAUGUAAAAUGUUAGCUUGUGCCUCUUGCUUACCAACGUCUGAACCCAACAAUAAAUGAAUGAAUCAUGAAAACAGGGCUGAAGAUAAGUGCACUCAUGGGGAUGCUGCUACUUUUUUUCAGCAGUAUAGAAUGGGUGCAUGUGUUACUGCCUGCUUUAUUGCUAUACUCUGUCUGUGUUCUGUAAAUGCAACUUGUUCUCUCUGCAUGCUGCAAGUACAUAGGGCACUGUGACAAUACAACAUUUUGCUGUAA